CCCGGCCGCAGCGGCCCGCGGAAGCGGAUGGCGGCCUUGGGCAGCGGCGGCCCCGGCCCGCACCGACGGCACCGGCAGGCACGCUGAUGUCUGCCCCCCGCGGAGCCCCGGCCGCCCCCCCCGGCGCUGGCGGAUGCGCAGGAGCUGCUGUGAAGCCCCAGUAAGAGAAUGAGUGAGAGAGACAUACAAAGCCUGAGCAGAUGGGUUUUUGUGCUCACUCUCUGCCUUACCACGCUGUGGGGAAGACUGACACUGGCCUCCACCCACCACAGAAGCCAUUCAGUGCAUGUCGAGCCUGGCACGUGCGAAGUCGUCGCAGCUCAUCGGUGCUGCAACAGGAACAAGAUCGAGGAGCGCUCCCAGACCGUGAAAUGCUCCUGCUUCCCAGGGCAGGUGGCAGGGACCACGCGGGCAGCUCCCUCCUGCGUGGAUGCCUCCAUCGUGCUUCAGAAGUGGUGGUGCCAGAUGGAGCCCUGCCUCGACGGCGAGGAGUGCAAGGUGCUGCCUGACCUCUCGGGCUGGACCUGCAGUAGCGGCAACAAAGUGAAGACGACCAAGGUCACACGGUAGCCACCGUGCAGCUCUGCAGCCACCGACCCCCUCGGCUGGGCCCUGCUGCUGGGCUGAGCUGGAGGCCGUGAGACGUGGUCCGGACCGUCCCUGCGGAGGCGGGACCCUCCGGGGCUGCCGCGCUGGUGGGACUGCGCCGGGUACCGGGUCAGAGCACCUGCCGAGCCCCAGCUUCCCUGGGGACUGCGAGUAUGGGACCCCAGCACAGAUACAACACUCCUGCCCCACAGACACGCUGACCAAGAACUGGACUUAUUUUCCUAUCCUCUUAAGUAAAAUACUCCAGUUGUGUAAGAGCUGCUGACAAUGCAGAGACAGAGUCGUCCCCCAAAAUGGGCUUUAUUCUGAAAUAGCUGAAAUCAUCGCUGUGAGUCGCCUUUCCCAUCACCCAAGAUGCAGAAUCUGGGUUGCCAUUAGGAAUCAGGACAUCAGUGUUGUGUGAACCCUCCAGUGUUUGGCUCCCAGGUGGUGGGUUCCCUGGUGCUGACCUCAUGUCACCCAGAUCUGCUCCCACCCCUGGAGCAUCGUGCUGACCCUGCCCUGUGACCUGGCUGCUGAGACCACCUGUGGUGGGUGCAGUGGUGUGGCCAUGGUGAAGAGUCCCCAUGGAGCACGCUGCUGGUUUCUGCUUCCUCUGUAACUGCAUCAAUCAGGCUGUGAGUUUAUUAUCUGUUCUCUGUCCUGCAAGUCCCAGGCACCACGUUACUGCUUGUGUUUGCAAUCAAAUUUCAGAAUAAUGUGCGGGGGAAGCCCUCAGGUCUGGUGAGCCUGGUGCACUGCAGGUGCCCAGCCCGAGGCGAGACCAAGCCAGGCUUCAUUGCAUUAAUUACAAGUAAAGAAAAAUGUGCCAUAUCCUGGCCCGAAGCUUGUGACCUUCCCCAGGACACACCAUUUCCCAUGGAGUGGCAGCUUGAUGGGGAGAGGACAGGAACCCUGUGCUCCCAGUGCUGGCAGGGAUGGGGACCCCGGGGGUGCUGCGCUGGGGGCCGGAGGGGCUGGUGGCACAUGGCCUGAGCAAAAGCAUCGCUGC